AUGUUUCGUUUGUCUACCAUCACUCUUCAGCGAGUUGUUUCCAGGGUUUCUCUUCCCCUCCAUGUUUCUAGGGUUUCUCUUCCCCUCCACCUCUCUAGGGUUUCUCUUCCCCUCCACCACGCUAGGGUUGCUCUUCCCCUCCACCACGCUAGGGUUGCUCUUCCCCUCCACCUCUCUAGGGUUUUUCCUCUUCACCUCUCUAGGGUUUUUCCUGUUCACUUCUCUAGGGGUUUUCCUCUUCACAUCUCCAGAUCCCCAUUCUCACCUCUCUCUUUCUCACAUCUCUCUCCAUUUCCCCUUACACCCUUUCCACUCCGGUCAAGCUUUCCUCUCUCUCCUCUCUCACCGGCCUUUUCACGCAGCACUCCUCAGCGGUCACGCUUUCCUCUCUCCCCUCUCUCACCGGCCCUUUCACGCAGCUCUCCUCAGGGAACCGGUGGCGGCGCCGGUGGCACCACCGGCGGUGGCGGUGGUGCAGUCGUCGGCGGCGGUGGUGGCGCCGGCGGUGGCGCCGGCGGUGGUUGUGGCAGCUGCAACUGCAUUGGUGUGUGUCAGUAUAAACCCUUAAUUCCAAGACUCAACUUUGGUUUCAACGUUGCCUUCAACAUCAUUUACCGUUUCGGUUGGUGGUCGGUAGCUUUGGCUUUCUUGUCUGAUCUUGUGACUGAGGAGAAUGUAAAGCAUUUUGCAGAGAGUAUGAUAAGGAUCUGCGACCCGAGCUUAGUAUAAUAGGGUUUCAGUUUUAAUAUAUCUUUAUCUUCUACUUUGAUGAAUCUGUCUAGGUUUAAGUUGUAAUAACUUGUCUUCUUCCACUUUGAUGAAUCUGUCUAGUUUUAAUAUCUUGUAUCUAGACUUUUGGUUUUCUCCCAUAAGUUCGUUCUUUUAUGGAACUUUUAUAUAAUGGAAAGAGCAAGACUUUUGUUU